UGAAUAAGUGCGACGCCUCUUCACAUCGACUGGUUCAAUAAUUCUCCUGCUCCGCCCAUUUGUGUUGAUCGGGUCUUUCAUUGGUUUAGAGAGCUAUCAGUCCCGAGGUUGACGGGUGGCGCUGGGUUUUAUGAGGCAGGAGAUUUUUUUGUAUUUCUUUUCACUGCUAGAAGUAGAGCCUCCGGCCGCUGUUGUGCUCUCCCUCAGACGUCUAUCUGCCCUACGAACUGAUAUCCGCCAUGGCUGCUAAGAAAAACGCUAAAGUGAACGCGAAGCCCAAAGAGGCUACCAAAACCUCAUCAGCCAAUAAGAAUGGGAAGAAGGCUGACUCUGGGUCCAGCAGCAGCUUCUUCACCUGGUUCAUCGUCCUGGCCCUGCUGGGUGUGUGGACCUCGGUAGCUGUGGUCUACUUUGAUCUGGUCGACUAUCAGGGAGUCCUCGACAAGGCUAAGGGCUUACAAAUUAACCUGUCUGAAGCCUUGCAAGGUAAACUGGUCGCAUACGAUACAGAUGGCGAUGGUGAUUUUGAUGUCGAGGAUGCUAAAGUUCUGCUAGGGCUGAAAGAGAAGGCUGUGGUGAUAACCUCCCGUAGCGAAGAAGCUGCCGCCCCAGUGAAGAUUCCGGAAGCUGAAUCCGCCCCACCAGCUGUUUUUGAGCCUGAGCCUGUGGAUGUAGUUGAAGCUGCUGUCGCUGAGGACACCUCUGCACCUCCAACAGAGCCUGAACCAGAGGAAGCACCCGAGGUGGAUCCUGAACCGGAGGCGGAUCCUGAACCGGAGGCGGAUCCUGAACCGGAGGCGGAUCCUGAACCAGAGGCUGAACUGGAACCCGAGGCUGAGGAGGCUGAGGAGGUUAUUGAGGAAGAUCCAGAGGUGCUAGAGGAGGAGCUUCCUGCUGUGGAAGAGGAGGCCCCUGAGGCUGAACUGGUGGAGGAGGUGGAAGAGAUGAUGGCAGACCAGCAAGAAGAGGAGGCAGCAGCUGAAGAGGAAAUGGAAACAGAACCAGCUGGGGAGGAGGAGGAGGCCGCUGAAGAGGCUGUGGAGGAACCUGUGGCAGAGGUGGAGGCUGCAUUUGAAGACACCGAGGAAGAGGCUGCUGCUGAACAGGUGGCAUCAGAAGUUGAAGAGGAAGCUGUUGAAGAGCCUGCUGAAGAAGAUGAAGCUGCUGAAGAGCCCGCUGAGGAAGAGGCAGCACCUUUAGAGGAGUCUGCAGAAGAAGCUGUUGAGGAUUUAGCCAAGGAAGAGGAGGCAGCACCUACAGAGGAAGAGGAGGCAGCACCUCUAGAAGAAGCUGUUGAAGAGGAGGCAGCACCAUCAGAAGAGGCGGAGGAAGAGGAGGCAGCACCAUCAGAAGAAGCUGUGGAGGAAGAGGCGGAGGAAGAGGAGGCAGCACCAUCAGAAGAAGCUGUGGAGGAAGAGGCGGAGGAAGAGGAGGCAGCACCAUCAGAAGAAGCUGUGGAGGAAGAGGUGGAGGAAGAGGAGGCAGCACCAUCACAAGAUGCUGUGGAGGAAGAGGCGGAGGAAGAGGAGGCAGCACCAUCGGAAGAGGCGGAGGAAGAGGCAGCAGCACCAUCAGAAGAGGCGGAGGAAGAGGAGGCAGCACCAUCAGAAGAAGCGGAGGAAGAGGAGGCAGACACAGAGGCAGCUCCAGAAGAAGUAGAAGAAGAGCAAACAGAGCCAGAGGCAGAAGAAGAAGCACAGGAAGUAGAGGAGGCAGCGGAAGAAGCAGCUGUGUUUGAGACAGAGGAACAGAUCCAGGAUGAGCCCAUCGAAACGUAGAGCCUGCCGUGGUCGUCGUGGUGACGGAGAAGGGACCCACUGACCUUGCGUCAGCACCGUCUGAGCGCGAUGAUGCACCUCUCCACCUCCAGAGAAACAAUUGAGUCGUCAUGACAACACUCUCCCCAUCCCUAUGUUUUCACACCUUCCAUAAACUUUCCUUUUGCUGUUCAUUUGUGAUGAUCUAUGAAUUGUUCCCUGAUCUGGUACUCCUGAUUUACCCUUCUUUUCUUUUGAAUCAACAUUUGUUUUUCUUUCAGUAGAUAGUCCAUUUCUUUGUUGUCAGGGGGGGUUCAGUUCAGUGUGAACUCGGCUCUGUCUGCAGAGUCCAAUCUAGAGCUGGAACUUUAUUUUGAAGUCUCAGUGAUGUAGUCUGGCUUCCUGCAUCGCAAUUCUGUUGCCCAGUAACUGAGGCUGCAGCUGAGCCGGUGUUUAGCAGUCAGACUGACCCAGCUCUCCGCAGUCAGGUGUUUGACAUAGCAGGGUCAAAUGUGAAGCUCUCCUCUGGUUCUGAACGCUGCAGCCUCCUCUGUUGCAGUGCUGAUCAGAGAACAUUCCACUCUGCUCAGUGUUUCUAUGCAAAGCUGUGGUGGUUUCUGUCCCCCCCUCCCCCCAGCCGUUUAUUUACCACUCAGUAUGUGUUGAAUCCAGGAUGAGGUGUGUGUGUGUGUGUGUGUGUGGUGUGUGUGUGUGUGUGUGUGUGUGUGUGUGUGUGUGUGUGUGUGUGUGUGUGGUGUGUGUGUGUGUGUGUGUGUGUGUGUGUGUGUGUGUGUGUGUGGUGUGUGUGUGUGUGUGUGUGUGUGUGUGUGUGUGUGUGUGUGUGUGUGUGUGUGUGUGUGUGUGUGUGUGUGUGUGUGUGUGUGUGUGUGUGUGUGUGUGUGUGUGUGUGUGUGUGUGUGUGGUGUGUGUGUGUGUGUGUCUUUUACUAGUCAGACCUUUGUGUGAGCCGUUCGUGUCAUGAAGUCGUUUUUGAGAGCUGUAAACGUUUUCUUCUGGUGGGUUGUACAUCUCCCUUUACCUCUCUGUGUGUCUGAGUUCUGUCGAAUCCUAGCUGUUUCUUUUUUCUUAUUUCCAGAUAUGAGUACCACGUAGACUGACAGAUAAUCUGUUUGAAUAAUUUCUAAUUAAUGUUGAACUCUUUAGUUUCAAACUGAUGUGCAGGAGCGUGACAUGAAACGUGUAACCCUGUGUGAUCUGGCCUCCUGUGUGAAGGCCCUACAGCUCACACAGGGUUACAUGGAUCAGACGUCAUGUUCCUGUCAGCCAACCCCAGCUGACGGUUAAUGACCCAGCCCUUUGUUUUCAUCCUCAGUGGCUGGUGUUCAGCUCAAAGGGAAACUUUCUUUAGUCCCUGUUGCCCUUUCCUUUGUGAGGUCAGAAUGUGUUUCAUUGAUCCAUGGUAGCGGAAGAUCACAGAUCAAAACUUCCUCUUGCGUCAUCGUAUGGCAGAAGUGUUUUGAAGCUUCUUGAGUGUUGGCACCUUACUGUCCUCGGGGAGGGGUCUGUCUGCAGGUAAAGCUCCUGUUCUAUCACAGCAGGUAUGAUCUGGACACUAACAAUGGGUGGAAACAAAACCCAUUUCUGUAGUGAUACUGACCAUUAACAAUAUGUAGAUCAACGUUUACAGUAAAAAAAAAAUAAACACUUCUGUGAAAAAGAUACCUCUUAUAUUUUGUUCUCCUAUCAGGGUGUCUGUCGCCUUCCCACGUUAUUUGUGCUCGUGACACCAGAUUGUUUGUCUGGUGUGCAGAAGUGGUUUUUGUAGAAUGUCUUGCCCACUAGCUGGUCUUUUCUACUUCCUGACACUUUGUAAGUCAAUGUGAACUGUAAAACCUUUUUAACAUUAAAGAUUACAAUCUUUACCAAGAGAGAGCUUCUAGAUUUUUAAAAGGAACAUUUUUUUAAAAGGACAUGGAGAAAUAAAAUUUAAAAAAAGUUUUUUUCUGAAAAUGCUUUAAAAGCUUUUUGUAAAGCCAUAAGCUAUUUUGUGACGGGUUAAAGGAGCUGUGCUACUUCAAAAACAAAAUCCACACUACAGCAACCUGGUGAAAGAGGGUGAUCAUGUGAGAUCAGCAGGGAAGGCUUGUGAUGACAGCGCUGAUCCCAGACAGUGUUGAAGCUCCACCACAGUGCUGCAGUAGACAGGCUGCUGCUGGUUAAACUGCCCCUCUUCGCCUCAGUGUCUCAGCACAUGUUCUGUACACACUGAUGACAGUGAAUAAAUUAUUAUGAAGUAAUGAUGGAUUGUCAGUUUUCUGUAAAUGAUCUGUUGCUUUAAUAAAAGGUUUGGGACAACU